AGCCUCACGCGCGGGAUUGGCGCGCGCGCGCACGCCAGCUCUCCAGCUCGAGCUCGACAAUGCGUUAAUGUUGAUGAGUUUCUUCUUCUCCUCUGCUUCAUGCUGAUGAGUUUCUUCUUCUCCUCUGCGGAGUUUCUUCUUCUGACGCGCUUUCCAAACUUCAGAGAAGAAGAACUUUAAGAACAGGACAUUUCUCCCCCUUGUUUGCUUUUCCCACAGGGAAACUCUGCUGAAAGUGCCCUGUUUUACAGGAUGCACUUACUGAAACUUCUCUGCUCUAAUGUCAUUGUCUUGAUUCAGCACUGCAUUGGAAAAGCUCUUGCCAUUGAUGUGGAAAUCAAACGUUUAUGGCCAAAUGGGGAAGUUUAUUAUGAGUAUCAUCCAGCCAGGCUACACUGGCAUGCAGUCAAUCAGUUGUGUAUUCAGCGGUCUGGAUCCCUGGCGGUCAUACGCAGUGCUGGAGAGAAACAAAACUUGACCAAAUUUCUACAGUCCUUGAACAUUUCAGAGUCUGUGUGGAUUGCGAAAAGAGCUCCUGAAAUAAAGGAGACCUUAAUCCUGAAAUUCCAGGACAGAAGUGAACUUCAAUCCACUCGUUUGUUGCACAAGUUCUCAGACAUGACUGCUGUGACUGUUUGUGCUCACCUUCAGUUCAAUCCCACUUGCCAUGGGCCUUCCGCUGUGUUUUCUUAUUCCAUACGCUCCUUCAUUAAGGAGUUCCAGCUCCGAGCCAGAGUCUUGCCAAACGAACCCAUUCAGCUUGCUCUGCUGGUGCACGGUAAACAUGGCCCCUACCUAUCGGUCUUCGCCAAUGAUGCCUCCUGGCACUCUGUGUGUGUGAGCUGGACUGGAAAUGGUGGCAAGUGGGCAAUUUCAGUGGAUGGUCAGGAGGUUAGACGCGGUAUUUCCCUCUACUCAACAGGCUACAUCAGGGGCGGCGGCAUUUUCAUCAUAGGCCAAGAACAAGACUCAUUCGGCAGCUCCUUCAAAAGCGACGAGGCCUUCUGUGGCAGCAUUACCCAGCUGCACAUUUGGGAUCAGGUGCUGGAUGCCAGCAAAAUCCAAACCAUGGAAAAAGAGUGUUCAGUCAUUCCUUCCGACCUGCUUUUCAGAUGGGGCAGAUCUGGCUUGGAAAUGACACCUUCUCUACAGACUGACUGGGGCUACAUCCAGUGUCAAGAGCAUUCCCAGAUGGCCAAGAAUGAGAAGUGUGUAUCAUUUCACGCUGGCAGUGGAGAGUGGGCCUGGGACAACUGUGAUACACAAAGAGGAGGUGUCUGUCAAUUCGAUAAAGAGCUCUUGGAUGACUUUGGCAUGUCCAAUUUUCCCAAGACCCCAUUUUUUACACAAAUCAGCAAAAAUCUUCAUGCCAAACCUGAGUUAGAAGACCAUAAUUCAUCUUCAUCCACAGAACAUGAAUUGAAUUGGCUGAGUUCACUUGCUCAGUCUGUUGUGAAGGCUAUUGAGACUGAUCCGGACAUCAUCACACCGUCUGACAUGCUGCACCUCACUCAAACCAUUGAGCAGGCAGCAGCUUCUCAAGUUAAUAAAACAUCUCUCCCUUCUGGAGUCCUUAGGUCCAUGGCUUCCAGCUACCUGAUCCUAGCCAGUGGACUCAUUGAUCCGGUCUUGGCCAGGCAGUGGUUGGAUAUGAAGCCAUUAGGUAUUAACCUUAGACCAUUUAUGGUUGUCGAGCUUAUUGAAAAAAUACUUUGGGCUCUGGCUGAUUCAAUCUUCACAGACAAGAAAAGCUUUGCACUUUUAACCAAAAACAUCGAUGUUCAUAUGGAGCCACGAACAUUAUCUCAAGUGAACUGCAAGAGUGUGUAUAAACCCUCAAAACAUGGUAAUCAGUCCAUCAACCAAGAGGAUAUCCUCAUUUCAGAGACAGAGGUCCAGAGACUUUACUCCCUAGGUCACAAGAAUGUGAUGUUCAUUCAUACUUACUACAGCCACAUGAUGGAGGUGCUGUCCAGAGCUGAAUUUAAAGCAUUUACAGACAAGCACACAGAGAGUGGACAAUCCGUUUUGGGUCACUUGGCUACAGCGGUCAUAUCAGCCACAGUGCGAGACGUGUUGAGGGAAGAGAAUGUUCCAGUGUCUGUGCAGUAUACUUUGUCUACUGUAAAAGUGGUGGAGUCUUCCAAGCUGGUCACACCUUUGUGUAUUUUCUGGAAUGUCAGUGCAGUAGCUCCCAAUGUGAGUGAUUGGUCAGACAAAGGCUGUAGCGUGUUGUACUCCGGGCCGAAUAGCACGUCCUGCUUUUGCAACCACACCACCAACUUUGCUAUCCUUAUGAAUUACCUGGAGGCAAGGUGGAGUGAAGAGGAGGAGAUGGUUCUGACCAAGCUGACAUUUAUAGGAUCAGGAGCAUCACUCUGUGCUCUCGUGGUGACCUUGAUGCUGCUUACCGUGCUAGAUAUUCCAAAAUCAGAGAGGACAUCCAUCCACAAGAAUCUUUUCAUCUCUCUGACCUUUGCCCAAAUAGUCCUUCUCUGCAGUGGCUCUGCUAUUCAUAAUAAGGUGGCCUGCACAAUGGUGGCAGCUCUGCUCCAUCUGUUCUUCAUGGCAGCGUUUAGCUGGAUGUUGGUGGAGGGGCUGCUGCUCUGGAGCAAGGUGGUGACCGUUAACCUGAGCGAGGAUCGCCACAUGAAAUACUACUACCUGAUUGGCUGGGGUCUGCCUGUCCUGAUAGUCUCCAUUACUCUGGCCUCGGCCUCAGGGAACUACGCAGCAGACGAGUACUGCUGGCUCAGUGUGCAUAAUGGCGUCAUAUGGGGGUUUGUUGGCCCAGUCAUCUUUAUCAUUACGGUAAACAUCAUGGUGCUGACACGUGUGAUUAUCAUCACCAUCUCCACAGCCAAGAGGAGAUCUCUGAUGAUGGCAGACAGCGCUAGUCCCAUCGAACAGGCGUCUGAACAGAUAAGGGCGGCGGUAAAAGCGGUGCUGGUUUUGCUGCCAAUUUUAGGCCUGACCUGGCUGUGUGGAGUUCUCGUGCCUUUCUCCAUCAUCAUAGCCUACAUCUUCAUCCUCCUCAACUCACUGCAGGGUCUCUUUAUCUUCCUGAUAUAUGGCGUGUACAACACAGAGAUACGCAGCACAGUCAACAGGAUCAAGGAACGGAGAAAAGCCCAGAAUUUUUCUAACUGUGGCAGCUCCAGACCAUCCAGCUCCAUAACUAACUCUCAGCCUGGCAGCUCCCCGGUGCCGGACGCUUUGGGUCGGCAUGACUUCGCUGCCAGUCAGCCGGGAAGCCUCUCCACGUCCAGCGAUUGUGGCAGCCUGAGCUACAGCAUUGGGAGGCAUUUCUCCAUCCCUUGUGUCCAUGACAGCCUGAAAGAAGAUCUCAGCUGUCUCUCUAGUGGUACUCACAUGACUACACAGGAUAACAGAGUCCAGUCUGUAGAAGGAAAGGCAGAUUCAUGCAGUCUCCAUGUUCCCAUGGGCACGGAGGUGCACUCGUGCUAUGCAUUACACUCAUCUCCAGAGCAGCACAGCAGUGGGUUUUAACCGAAACGUACAUUUUUUAUUCUUCACAUAUAUCUCAAAUAAAGUGAGCAACCUGCUUGUUUAGUUUUAUGAUAUCUGUGAACACAGUGUAUAAACAAUACUACAACGAUAAACACAUUAAUAUUGUUUCCGGGGUGUUAAUACACUUCUCUCUGUGCUCUUAUAAACAGUGGACAUAAAAAGUCUACACAGCACUGUUAAAAUUGCAGGUUUUUUGUGAACCCAAGAAAAAUCAUGUCAGAUCUUUUUCCUCCUUUAAUGUGAUACAGCAAUCAAUAAAAUUAAGGUGAAAACAAAUAGGCACAAUGUAGGGGGAAGCAAAAGAAAAAGCUAAAACUUACAAUAACCUGGUUGAAUAAGUGUGCACGGCCUUUUAUAAUGGAGCAUGUGACUGUGCGUAGAAUUAACCAAUCACAUUCAAUCUCAUGUUCAGAAGUAAUUAUUAUACACCUGUCAUCACUGAAGUGAUUCUGAUCUACCCCAAAACUCAGAGGGUGCCGAGAGACCUACAGGAACAUUAAAGGAGCUGAAGGAAUAUCUGGCAAGUACUGGCCACUCCCUGCAUGUGACAACAAUCAUAUUCUUUACAGAUGGGGCAGGGUGGCUAGAUGGAAGCCCUUUCUCAUGAAAAACAAAAAACAUCCAAGCCCACUUAAAUUUUGAACCAUGUGGCAAAAUGUGCUGAUGAGACCUAGGUAUAACUUUUUGGGCAUAAUUCUACAAGAUAGUUUAUCACCCCAAGAACACAAGACUCAUGGUGAAGCAUGGUGGUGGUAGCUUCAUGCUCUCUAGCUGCUUCUCUUCACCUGGGACUGGGGCUCUAUUCAAGAUAGAGGGAAUCAUGGAUAGUUCCAAAUUCCAAUCUAUUUCAGCACAAAACCUGCAGGCCUCUGUUAGACAGCUGAAGAUGAAGAAGGAAUAUGGACCCAAAGCACAAAUCCACAUCAAUGAAGGAAUUCAGAAGGAAGGUUCAGAAGAAGAUCCACAUUUUAGAAUGGCCCAGUCAGAGCCCAGAUCUAAAUCUUAUCGAAAACCUGUGGAGUGACUUGAACAGGGCUGUGCACAGGAGAUCUCUUUGCAGUUUGUUAGAUUUGGAGCAUUUUUGUAAGGAAGAGUGGAAUAAAAUUGCCAAAACAAGUUUGUAGACACUUAUCUAAAAAGACUGAGUGCUGUAUUACAAGGGGAAAGUUAAGGGGCGUGCACAUUUAUGCAACCAGGGUGUCGUAAGUUUUUUUCUUUAUCUUUUUUUCCUUAAAACAUUUCUAUUUGUUUUUCACUUGAAUUUUGCUGGUUGCUAUAGGUGGAAAAAGAUCUGACAUGAUUUAUCUUGGGUUCAUUUUUUUUUUUACAUCGCAAAAACCCGCAAUUUUAGCAGGGGUGUGUAGACUUUUUAUAUCCACUGUAUUUGUCUUACAAUUGUUACUAAUUUUUUUUUAAUCUAUAUCUGUGGUCCCCCUCCAAGUACACCUGCCUUUAAUAAAGCUCUAUAGCCCGUAAGUCAUUAAAUACAAAAAUGUCUUUCCUUAUUUUUUAUUCCGUACCUUUUUAUUUUUAUCGAUAUUAUUGAAAGACUGAAAAACUUUCAAAAAUAUCAAUAAAAUGUUGAAUGAUUUGUUAUAUUAUUAUUAUAGUUGUUGUUGUAGUUGUUAAAAUAAUAAAUAGUUUGAUUAUCAGUCUGAUUUGCAGUUUCUUUCUAAUUAAAUGUGUUGUACGUAUAGGUACCUGUUUAUUAUCCUAUGUAAAUAUAAACUGAAAUUAUUCCUAUGUAAAUAUAAAAUGAAGAAUUGUUUUUGUAUGAUUGUAUUUUAUUGAAAUAUGAGGGACAGGUGUGUAGCAGCAGUGUGUAAUGAAACUCUCCAUGGCAGGACGUGGCUCGCGCUGUGGCAUUCAGGGCUUGUAAAGUCUCCACACACAGACUUUCAUGGACAAGGCUGCUGCAGAUCAAUUCAGGACAAAUGAUAAUCAUAUUCCAUCAUAUUCGAUUAUGUGAGACACUAAUCACACUUAAGUAAAAUGUUAUUAUGUUGCUGUUCUGUUGAAUUGUCAAAUCAGAAAGCAUUUUCUAUAACAGCAGCUCUGACAGUAGUUCCGGCUAUCAUAUAAAUGGUUUAUAUAACAUUUAUAUUUUAAUAAUGUAUUUGAAUAUAUUUUUAUAAUACGUUGUUUCUAUAGUAACAGCUCAUUCACAGGGACGUGUAUGACGGAUGCUCCAUGUUAUCUAUUAUAAAUAC